AUGUGUGAAGACAUGAAGAGAGGACUAGGUAUCACCAUCACUGACAAGCAGGGUCUCACUGGUUGUAAACGGGUAAUUGAAACGGUUAGAGGUUCUCCUGAACAGUCAUACCAGCACCUGGUCAGUCACAGAUUCAAGUAUUGGUGUAGACCCGCAUUUGCUGUGUAUGGUAUGCAUCUAAGUGGGGAACGCAGAGGAACUCUACUUUCGGCAAUUGCGUAUGAUGCCAAUGGAAAAAUGUACCCUAUUGUGUUUGCCAUCGUUGAUUCUGAGAACGGUGAUUCAUGUUUAUGGUUCAUGCAAAAGUUAUUCAAUGCGCUUGGUCACGAGUAUUCGGUGAGAAAGGAUCUAGUUGUGUGUUCAGACAGAUCGGCAGGCUUCGAAUCAGCGAUUGCGGAAGUGUUUCCUGAAGCAUGCCAUGUGUAUUGCGCAUACCAUAUUAAAGAGAAUAUCAUCAGGAGGUACCACAACUUCGCCUCUGCUAAGGCAUUUAUGAGAGCUACGAAAACGUACACUAUAGAUGGUUAUCGGAGGGCUAUGUUACAAGUCAAAAAGGAUAAGGCAGUUUUUUCCUAUGUGCAGGAACUUCAUCCAAGGAAUUGGGCUAGGGUGAAAGCCAAGAGAGCCCGUUAUACUCUCAUAACAAAAAACAUCUGUGAGAGUUGGAAUAACCUACUUUUGAAGGCUAGAGAUCUCCCUAUAACCCAUUUAGUGGAUUUCAUUCGAACAGAGCUGAUGGGAGGGUUGGAUUGCAGGCUUGCAGCCGUAGUGUUAGCUGGAGAAGUUGGAUUGCAGGUCAAAGUUUUAACAGCUUCACUCCUAGUCAUUCAUAUAGAUUCUGGAAGUAUAGAAUAUGAAGUUAGGAAAGGCAACAAUACUUAA